UGGCUUGAGUAUGCGCGUCCUUAUGCAGGGUCCAUAUGUGGGCAAGGGGUUCAUUGGGGUUGGAAGACUCGAGGCAAGGGGAUGGGUUCGAAGGCGCACGCUGAAUAAUGGGGACACGUUGGAAAAAUGUGAUAGGUACUCAUAUCGGCAGGAGGCUGAGAGGGCGGGCACAAGGUGCGGACAGCGCAGAUAUCAUGAAGCUGUCCUCAGGACGUUGAAUCCAUCACAGGGUUCGCUCGUGCUCGUAUGGUGGAUGGGCCACAGGCUGGAGGCGCUCCAACUAUGCUGUACCAUUCCCGAAACAUGAGCCUAAUGUUCGCCUUGUUGAACGACGAAGCCAGCUGAGGACAACGAUUGAAGAAAAGGAGGAGAGGAAAACGAAAUCGAAGACAACUUGAGCGUGGAAGGACUCGGAGUGCGGUUGUGAGUUUGCCAGUGUUGUUGCAAAAAUUAACAGUCAAAUGACAGUCAAUACUGAUACAGCCCAGCCACCUGCACAGUCUCAGGGGCGCAUGGCUUUGUCAGACUGGCAAUUUUCAUGGCCAGCUAGCCGGCACAAGCGACGGGAUGGAACAUUAUUUCUCCGCCGCUGUCUGGACAAUCGACGACUUCAAGAUGGACCUCAACUUGCAAUAACAACUUGAACAACAACAUUCAAACAACAUACUAGUACAUCGAACAUCCCAAACCAGGGAGUUGAUUCCUUUCUCUUUUUCACCGUCUGAUUUGGCCGCCACCUCUGUGCCGCAUUUGACACUACUCUAUUGAUAGGGCUACCGUUAAACAUUCCACCGAGAUGAGAAUGCCCGCAUGAAGAUUCGAUCAUCUGCCCUGCGGAGGCAGCCUUCUGUGUCCAUGAAGGAGUUGAUAUUGUUCCUUCUGCUUUGUGGACUAACUAGGUGUACCUGUCUGUGUACUUGUCUCCUCCAUGUCAAUAUGUGAGGGAGCUCGUCAAUGUAUUGGAAUGCCACCGUGCACAGGCCAGACGCGAGGGUGGCCGGCCGAUCGAAAUUCCUGGUUGAUGCCACUCAUUCUUGACCUUACAUGGAGUUGGCAACGGGGCUGUCUUGGUAUGGUACAAUCUGGGAAUGACCAGCCCUCUCGACUCAAGGUAUAAGUCGAUACUUGUUGUUAUCUGUUUGCCCGACUAAUGUAAAUGAUCGAUCUUUCCUAAAAAAAUAUCUCGUCCAACAGGUAUUCCUCUCGCCGCGAUGGCUGUGAUUCGGAAACUGCUUUCUUUUUUGUUCGUCUCCUCGCUAUGCUUUUCCUUUACUUUUGCCCAGGAUCAAAAAUGGACAGACAUUGCGAACACUGUCCAAGAUCUGCUUGACGCUAUUCGCAAGUCUCACGAGGAGUAUCUCGCAGAAUCUGAGUCUGGAUCGCGGAUCGACCGCCGAGGCCCUGGGUUUGCUCGAGCACGUUAUUGGCAACCACUGGCACCAUCGCAGCGCCCACCGUCAACAGAGGACUUUUCCAGCCAAUUAUCCCAGCUCGUGCAGAGUCUGGGAAGCUCACUUGAGGAACUCAUACAGUUAAUAGCGUCACAGUUUGACAUUGAGGAUCUGCUUCCAGGGACGCAUCCAACGCCGUCAUCGACCAUUUUACCUAUCACCCAACUAACCACGCAUGGAUUUUCGUCGACUUCGGCAGCUGGGAUACACACCAGAUCGACGACCACUAACUCAUUCGCGCAUCCUACUCCUCCGUCCGCCCAUACCUCAACCACGAGGACUACUACCACUUCUUCUUCCCUACCAAGCUCAACAUACACUUUCAACCCCCAAGCCUCCGAUCUAAACGUGGUAUACUACUCACAAACAGACCUGACACCCGUGAUCCCGCUGACACAAGUAUGCGCCGACGACUCCAUCGACAUUGUCAUUAUCGCAUUUGUAACAGCUCUCUUCAGUGACGGAGGCUAUCCAUCCAUGAACAUGGCAUCGAAUUGCUGGGCACCCAACGCCGCACAACAAGCGGCCGGCGCCACGAAGCUGCUCGACUGUGUGGGUGACGGCUUCGCCCAGAAAAUCGCCAUGUGCCAGAACCGGGGAAAAAAGGUCUUACUCAGCCUAGGAGGAUCCGUGGGAAAUCUAUACAUGGCCAGCCAAGACCAAGCGGUGGAAGCCGCACAUACACUGUGGAAUCUGUUUUUGGGUGGUUCCGACCCGGCUUUGAAAGCUCUUCGACCUUAUGGCGAAGUGGUGUUUGAUGGUAUAGAUAUUGACAACGAAACCCCCUCCAACGCAAUCCAUCUCCCAACCCUAGCCUCGACGCUUCGACACCUCUUUGCCAACGACUCCUCGAAACCAUACUACCUCUCCUCUGCGCCGCAGUGUCCGCGCCCUGACGCUUCUGUGCCCGUGCCCCAGCUAGUCAAUGUCGUCGACUUUUUCAACGUGCAGUUCUACAAUAACCCUUCCUGCCAGCUAAGCAGUACAGGUCAGGGAUUCUAUGCAUCGCUACAGGCAUGGUCUGGGGAUUUGUUAGGUGCUGGUUCUGGUUCCAAUACUUUUGUCCAAAUCGACAAUGGAAUCACCUCCCCCCGUCUCUUAAUCGGCACACCGGCCUUCCCGGCCGCAGGGUCAGGCUACGUCGAUGUCGCGACGUACAAGAGUAUCCUGACACAGGUCAAGGCUAUGGCAUUGCCGAACCUCGCGGGCGCCAUGUUUUGGGACGGCGCGUACCAGGAAGUCAGUGGGCAGAUGGUCGACGGAAGGAAUGUGACAUUUGCACAGGUCGUGAAGAGUGUUUUGGGUUGAAACUACCAAACUUCUUGGAAAAUAAUAGGUGGUCCAAACUAAAGCUUGUUCAGAAGCUGCAGGACGGUGCAGUUCUAGUACUGGGAUAUAACUAUAUGCCGUGUGAUGAAGAGGGGGGUCAGCUGACGCCGCUUCAAUGCAACGGGGAUUCUGAUGUUCUAGAAAGCGAACCGCUUCGUUUGAACGGUUGUUAGCAUUUGGUAGGUAGGUUGCCGUCAGAAGAGGGAAAUUUAAAUGUAUGCUCGUCAUUCGAUGCAUGCGCAAACCAAGCAUACAGCUGGUAAUCUUUGGCGGAGAUAAAAUAACAUAUUCGAUAAAUGUCCACUCAUAGCAUUUGUACAUAUAUACAUAUCCGCUAAGCACAGCCUUUUCGAGCUGCUUGGAAAGCACCAGUGUAGCGAGAAACAGGCCCGACCCAACCACCAACACCACCCGCUAGCCUAGAUAGACAAUAUUCGUUUCGACCUUGGACCAGAAACAUGCCCCAAAAUACAGACACAAACAAAGAAUCAG